AUGUCGUACAUUGCGCCGGUGCACAAGCCGACGAGCAUUCGACAUGCUCUGCGCAUUAGGUUCUUGUCCUCAGAUGCGGAGGACUUGGUAGUCGCAAAAGCGAAUCGUCUCGAGAUAUGGCGUCUUACUGAUGAAGGCAUGACUUGUCUGCACACAAAGCUAAUUUACGGGACCAUCUCCAUGCUUCAACGCCUGCAACCCAAGGACUCGGAGACCGAUUUGCUCUUCAUAGGCACCGAUCGAUUGCAGUAUUUCAACUUUGCUUGGAAUCCCGAGACGAACCAGCUGGAAACGGUCGAGCAAACCAUUGAGGAUGCUGCCGAACAAUACAUGCGGCAUUCGCAGAGCCAAAACAAGUGCUUGGUCGACCCUACAGGCAAAUUUAUGGCCAUGCAUCUUUGGGAAGGCGUCCUAAACGUAUUUCGUCUACCCACGCGAAAGGGAGCAACAACAAAGCUGGUGGCUCUCGAUCAAGUGCGAUUAACUGAGCUCUGGAUGAAAGCAAGCACUUUCCUACACAGCCGAACCGGCCAUCCCAAAAUUGCCUUUUUAUACAAGACGCAGCUCGACCAAGAAGAGGCUCGGAUAGCUGUAUACCGGCUCACCAAGGACGACAAAGGCGGUGAUGUGGCCAGGUUUGAUCCACACAGGGAGAGAGAGCUGGAUCAGGUCAUCUCGGACCCUUAUGCAUCUAUGCUUAUCCCAGUCCCCUUCAACGAGGAGAAACGAUAUCAUGUUCGCAAUAAUGAAGGGACAAAGGCGCACCUAGGUGGAUUAUUAGUCGUUGGAGAAACACUACUGACGUACUUCGACAGCCUCACCUACUCGAGCGUUUCAUCAAGUCUGCAGGAUCCGAAAAUAUAUGUAGCAUGGGCGGAAUAUGACGACAUCCACUACUUGUUAGCCGAUGACUAUGGACGAUUGGAUAUCUUGACCAUAGAGACCACAGUUGAAGCGACCGGUAUUGUGGUGACCGGCAUGGCUGUUUCGUCUAUGAGGUUCCCUGACUCAUCAGCAUAUACCUCCCGAGCAUCGUCCCUGGUUUAUAUGGGACACAACAUGCUCUUCUUGGCAUCUCACCACGGCGACUCGCAGUUGCUCCGUAUUGACAUUGAAGCGAAAGUCAUGUUGCUGGUCAAGACUUUAUCCAACAACGCCCCUAUUCUAGAUUUUGCAAUCAUGGACAUGGGGAACAGAGAAGGUGAUAGUCAGUUCGGGAACGCGUUCUCUUCGGGUCAGGCUAGGAUUGUAGCUGGAUGCGGUGCUUAUCAUGAUGGCAGCCUGCGAAGCAUUCGGAGCGGUGUUGGUCUUGAAGAUGAGGGUAUUCUUGAUGAAAUACAGCACACCAAAGGCCUCUUCACCUUGCGAUCACACGGGUCGAGCCGCGUAGAUACACUUGUGGUAUCUUCAGUUGCAGACACAAGAGUGCUUAGGUUCGACUCAGCGGGCGGCAUAGAAGAAGUUUACGACUUCCAAGGUCUGACUUUAAGCAAGGAGACCUUACUGGCUGUCAACACAUCCGAUGGGCGGCUCCUGCAAGUGACCCCUCAAUCAGCUGUCUUACUACACUCGGAAAGUGGUGUGAGCCUGUGCUCAUGGGAUGCCCCCUGUGGAAAGGCAAUCACAGCUGCGUCGGCAAAUUCAGCAUGGGUUUUGCUUUCAAUUGAUGGCUCAUUGCUGGUUUCGUUGAACUUACACAACGAUCUAGCGGCCGUUUCUCGUGACACCUUUAGGGAUGAAUCCUCAGGUCAGCUGGAUCAGAUCUCGUGUCUACAUGCUGCUAGAGGUUCUCCUGACAUAGGGGUGGUGGGAUGGUGGACUUCAGGUACUAUAUCCAUUGUCAAUCUCGCCACACUACAGCCUCUGCAUGGCGAAACUCUCAGACAGACUGAAGACAGUGCUUCUGUGCCACGAGAUAUUGCCCUGGUGCAACUUCAUCCAUCAAGUGUUUCUGGACCAACCCUCCUGGUUGCUUUGGAGGAUGGAAACGUCGUUACGUUCAAUGUGUCGACGCAAGGAUACACAACAUCAGGCCGGAAAAGCGUCACUUUAGGGAGUAGCCCUGCUCGGUUGCAUAUUCUUCCCCAGGAGGAUGGAACUUGCAACGUUUUCGCAACAACUGAGCAUGCCAGCUUGAUUUAUAGCGCGGAAGGAAGAAUCAUUUACUCGGCAACGACUGCAGACGACGCAACGUAUGUCGCACCAUUUGACUCGGAGGCAUUUCCGAACUCUAUCAUUCUUUCGACGGACAAUCAUAUUCGACUUAGUCAUAUUGAUAAGGAACGUCUCACGCACGUAAAGACACUCUCAAUGAAGGAAACCGUCCGACGGGUUGCAUAUUCGCCCACACUGAAGGUCUUUGGGCUCGGUUGUAUCAAGAAGCAGCUUAUCCACAACGAGGAGGUUAUAACAAGCUCAUUCAGAUUAGUUGACGAAAUUGUUUUCCAAGAACUCGGAAAACCAUUCAUCCUCAACGCCUCCACAUCGUUGGAAAUGGUCGAGGCCGUUAUCCGGGCAGAGUUACCAGACAGCACGGGAAACAUGGCAGAGCGGUUUAUCAUCGGUACAAGUUUCAUAAGCGACGAUGAUGCCGUCGAGGACAAUGAUACCCGUGGGCGAAUUCUGGUUCUUGGUGUUGACGAAAAUCGUCACGUUUACCAAAUUGUCUCUCACAAUCUGAAGGGCGCAUGUCGAUGCCUCAGCACGCUGGGAGAGUAUAUUGUGGCCGGUCUGUCGAAGACCGUGGUGGUGUACAGUUAUGUGGAAGAAACCGCUGUAUUCGGCUCUCUGCACAAAUUGGCAGCCUAUCGCCCAGCAUCAUUUCCAGUGGACCUCGACGUCUCUGGCAACGUGAUUGGAGUGGUCGACCUAAUGCAAUCUUUGACCCUGGUAGAGUUCAUUCCACCCAAAGGUGGCUCCGGUGCGAGACUACAGCAGACGGCGCGACAUUAUCAGCCUGGUUGGGCGACAUCUGUAUCGCAUCUCAACGGGGAGAGAUGGUUGGAAGCAGACGCCCAGGGGAACAUAAUUGUUUUGCAGCGAGACCCAGAAGCUCCUACUGAGCAAGACCGUAACAUGCUGGAAGUCACGAGUGAGAUCAACAUUGGGGAACAGAUUAACCGAAUCAGGAAAUUACAUGUCGCGCCAAACGAGAAUGCUGUACUCUCUCCCAAGGCCUUCCUCGGAUCAGUUGAAGGGACGUUAUAUCUGUUCGGCGAGAUUUCACGAAACUAUCAGGAUCUGCUUCUUACUUUCCAAUCGAAGCUUCAAGACUACAUCUAUGCUCCCGGAAAUAUCAGUUUCGACCUUUGGCGCGCGUUCAGGAACCAGGCUCGUGAAGGCGAUGGGCCCUUCCGCUUUGUGGAUGGGGAAAUGAUAGAAAGAUUUCUGGAUUUAGACGAGGCAAAACAGGAACUUGUCUGCGAGGGCCUUGGACCAAGUGUUGAGGAUAUGAGAACUAUGAUUGAAGAACUGAGGAGGAUGCACUGA